CCGCGCUGCUUUCGGCCAUUGAAUUCAGCUCCGCAUCGGCACAACUCUUGUGCUCGACCAAAAGCAGUGGCCGCUCGAUGCGCCGAUCCUGCACCCUCCUGCGCUCCUCACAUUCUCGCUGUUCGUGUUCGAACAAUCGCAAGCGUUUCCUCUCCUUGAAUUGUACCUCGUCGUGUUCCACUGCGGAAGCUUGUGCCAGCUCCUGACGAACACACUCCUCGCAUGCUUUUAUUGGGAAACUUGCGACAUGGAUCGUUGAUUUGCGUGCCUUUUAUCUCGAUUUGCUUUCCUUGUUUGGUAUCUAACUUGAAGUGCCGAGGAUUUUAGGCCGCGUGCGUUGCCGAGAAAUCAGCUCAUGACUUUGCAAACAGAACAAUUCAAGUAUCAUAAGGUCGUCGUAAAUCGUCAUUGAAGCCACGCAAAGCAGUUCUUUCUCUCUCAUUCUUCUGUCAGGCAAUCGACUUCCAGAGUUCAUGUGAGAGCGCACAACCUUGUAAUGAAGAGCUUCAGAGCUCAGUCGAAUCGUCAUUCUGUAUCAUGCUUGGCAGGGUUCCAAUCCGUAGAUGUCGCCCGAGGAUCCAGCCCUCGCUAUGUCCGAUUUCCAUUCUGUACCUGCUCUAUCAUUCAGGCCUUAAAUAUUCCAGGUUCAGAGAGAAGCUUCUUAGCAAAAAAUCCUCAUUUUCUGGCAAAGACGAUAUCUAGAAGGGGGCAGCCGCCGAAGCGAUUUUCAUUGAUAUCACCGAGAGCUGCAAUUGCUACAUCAUCUGAUGUAAUGGGGGUGAUCAACGAGUUCACGAUUGAUGAUGGUAUCAAGCUUAAGGUGAGAGCCCAUGGUGCAGAAGUCGGCACACCUGCACAUGUCCAGCUGGAAGUUUGUAAUUGCAACGUUGACUCUCUACUUCUGCAUUGGGGUGCAUUACAGUCGGGAAAUGGCGCUUGGAUUGUGCCGGGAAACCUGCCAGACGGAAGCAAAGUAAAGCAUGGAGCAGUACAGUCCCCGUUUAAGAAGUCUGGCGACACAGCUUCUUUGAAGGUUGUUUUUGAUGAUCUCAGUAUUAACGCGAUCGAGUUCGUCUUGGUUGAUAGAAACAGAAAUCGCUGGUUUAAGAUGAACAAUUCAAACCUGCGCAUUGAUGUUCCUCCGCCAAGCCUUAAAGUCUCUAAUUAUGAUAUUCCGGAGGAACUUGUUGGAGUCCAAGCCUAUCUACGAUGGGAACGUAAGGGAAGACAGAAUUAUAGCCCUGAACACGAAAAGGUUGAAUACGAGGCAGCAAGAAAGGAGCUUCAGUUGGAGUUGGCUCAGGGGGUUUCCAUAACCCAACUCAAAGCAAGGUUACUGGGAGGGGGGUCUGAGAAAGUGGAUUCAAGCACAGUAAGUAAAAGUGACGACAACCGUGUGAAGCCUCAGGAGGAAAUCGGGGAAAUCAAGGUUCUAGGGAAAAAUCUGAUGGCUAAAGUUAAUAGGAAAACGUGGAGUGCAGAGGAGCUUCUCAGCAGGUACACACUAGAUGCAUCAGUUGGACUUGGUUCCUCUCUUCCACCUCAAGAACCUACCACGUUGCAGAAAGCUGCAAAAAAUUUGGAAGCUGCUGACAACGAUGAGGUCAUAGUGAAGAAAUUUUUUAAGGUUGGAGGUGACGAGCUUCUGGUACUUGCAACAAGGCCGGAGGGUAAGUCGCGCAUUCAUAUUGGUACGGGCUUCAAGGAGGACCUUGUGAUACGUUGGGCUGUGUCGAAAGACAAAGAAAGAGAAUGGAUGUCACCGUCAGAGACACUUGUACCCGCUGAAUCCACCUCCCUGGGAGGCACUGUUGAAACUCAGUUUAUAAAAGGCUUUGCUGGGGACAUUUCUCUUCAGGGUGUGACUUUAAAUUUAGGAGACAACAAAUUUAUUGGCCUACCAUUCGUAUUGCGAAGUGGAAAUACAUGGCACAAGGAUAAUGGGUCUGACUACUAUCUACCAAUAAAGCCAGUGGUCAAGAAUACGGUCAAGGUUGCUACGGAUGGAAAAGGCAUUGCAAAGGCAUUCCUUGAUGACGUUGCAACUCAGGAACGUGAUGCUGAGAAAUCCCUCAUGCACAGAUACAAUAUCGCAACUGAAUUGACUGAACGGGCUAAGAACGAGGGAACGCUUGCUUUAGUUGGAAUACUAGCGUGGUUGCGCUACAUGGCCACCAGACAACUGGUUUGGAACAAGAACUACAAUGUCAAACCGAGAGAGAUAAGUGCAGCUCAAGAUAGAAUGACCCUUCUUUUGCAACGAAUUUUUCUGGAGCAGCCUGAGAAAAGGGAAUUGGUUCGUCUUAUUAUGGCAACCGUUGGUCGUGGAGGACAGGGAGACGUGGGACAACGAAUCCGUGAUGAGAUCCUUGUUAUCCAACGCGAAAAUGACUGUAAAGGUGGAAUGAUGGAAGAAUGGCAUCAGAAGCUUCACAACAACACUAGUCCUGAUGAUGUCAUAAUAUGCGAGGCGCUUCUGAACUAUAUCAAGACUGGCUUCAAUAUGGACGUCUACUGGAAGACCCUGAAUGAGAACGGUGUCACCAAGGAGCGGAUGCUAAGCUAUGACCGACCAGUUCGGUCAGAACCUAAAUUCAGAGCUGACCAAAAGGAUGGGCUGAUACGUGACCUGACGAAUUAUCUACGGACAUUGAAGGCUGUCCACUCAGGUGCAGAUCUGGAAUCUGCCGUCCAAAAUUGUUUAGGCUACAUGGCUCAGGGACGUCGUCACAUGGGAGGACUUAAGAUAGAACCGAUUAUUGGAUUGCCGCCUGUUUUACCGAGUCUACUUUACUUCGUGCUGGAGCACGUAGAAGAUAAGAAUGUUCUCUCGCUUCUGGAGGGACUUUUGGAAGCUCGACGAGAACUGAGGCCUACUCUAUUGAAGCCCCACGAGCGAUUGCGAGAUAUCAUCUUCUUGGACUUAGCUUUAGAAUCAACUGUUAGAACAGCUGUUGAGAGAGGAUUGGAGAGCAUAAGCGAGAGAGGACCAGCAGAAAUAGCUACGAUCGUCAGUAUUGUGGUUGAGAAUCUAGCAUUGUCAAGCGACAGCAAUGAAGAGCUUGUUUAUUGUUUGAAGGACUGGUAUCUCGUCCUUGACAUAAUUAACAAGAAAGCUGAUAACUGGGCAUUGCGAACAAAGGCAGUGCUUGAUCGUACCAAGUUAGCAUUGCAAGACAAGGCUGAAUAUUUCCAGAAUAUUCUUCAACCAACCGCAGAUUAUCUGGGAAGUGUGCUUGGUGUCGAAGAGUGGGCUGUCCAGAUUUUUACUGAGGAAAUGAUACGCUCUGGUUCAGCAGCAGCGCUUUCACAGCUUUUAAACCGGCUCGAUCCAGUUAUUCGAAAAGAGGCAACCAUGGGCAGCUGGCAGGUUAUCAGCCCUGUCAGCGUUAAGGGGUAUGUGGAAGUGAUUGAUGGAUUAGAUCAGGUGCAAGAGAAGGUAUACAAAAGGCCCACAAUUUUGGUUUCAGGGCGCGUAAAAGGCGAGGAAGAAAUUCCCGAAGGGGUUGUUGCCGUCUUGACACCUGACAUGCCUGAUGUCCUCUCCCAUGUUUCAGUCCGUGCGCGUAAUAGCAAGGUUUGUUUUGCAACAUGCUUUGAUUCAAGUGUCUUCUCUGAUCUCCGGCAUAAAGAUAUGAAGGCGCUUGCAGUCUCUGUGUCAACGAAUGCGGACUUAUCUUACCAUGCCAUCGGUGAUUCAGAUAUUUUCAGUGCGAACAGUGUGGAAGAAAGUACCACACCUACUCCACGGAUCACUCUGAAGAAGAAAGAAUUCCUCGGAAAGUAUGCAGUAUCAUCGAAGGACUUUAAUCUGGAUCUGGUUGGUGCUAAGUCUCGCAACAUUGCUAAUCUAAUGGGCAAACUACCCUCGUGGAUCCGUCUUCCAACAUCUGUUGCAGUGCCAUUUGGCGUGUUUGAAAAAGUGCUAACAGAAAGUGUUAACAAGGAUGUGGCUUCAGAAAUUGCAAUUAUGAACAAGCAUUUGUAUGAAGGCGAUUACAGUAAACUGACAGAUAUUCGAAAGACUGUGUUACGCUUAGAAGCACCUCCAGCGCUGAUUCAUGAAAUAGAAGAAGUCAUGAAAAGCUCAGGCAUGCCAUGGCCUGGGGAUGAGAGUGAGGAAAGAUGGAAGCAAGCCUGGACCGCAAUUAAACGAGUAUGGGCUUCAAAAUGGAAUGAGAGGGCCUAUUUCAGCACCCGCAAAACCAAUAUAGACCACAGCGACUUGUGCAUGGCGGUAUUGGUUCAAGAGAUAAUCCAAGCUGAUUAUGCCUUUGUCAUUCAUACCACCAAUCCAUCUACUGGGGAUGAAACUGAAAUUUAUGCGGAGGUGGUUAAGGGCUUGGGAGAGACACUUGUGGGAGCAUAUUCAGGCCGUGCCCUUAGUUUUGUUACCAAGAAAUCCGACAUGAAAAAUCCGAAGGUGUUAGGUUAUCCUAGCAAACGAGUGGGAUUAUUCAUAAGGCAAUCAAUCAUCUUCAGGUCAGAUUCGAAUGGAGAAGACUUAGAGGGCUAUGCAGGAGCUGGUCUUUAUGACAGUGUACCCAUGGACGAAGAAGAAGAAAGAGUAGUUGAUUAUUCAACAGAUCGUUUGAUCUUGGACGAGGCGUUCCAAAAGACAAUACUUACAAAAAUUGCUGAGGCCGGACUUGCGAUUGAGAAGAAUCUCCAAUGUGCCCAGGACAUUGAAGGUGUAGUCAAGGAUAACGAACUUUUUAUUGUUCAAACAAGACCGCAAAUGUAGAGUAUUUGUUGUAAAUUCUUAUGGUUUGUUACAAGGUAAUGAUAUCCAAUUCGAGUGUAUGACCAAACGAGCUGCCAAUUGUCAGCUAACGACAAAAUAUAUAGAACCUAAAUGGGGACCUGGUAACUUACAUGCCCUAUCAUUCACUGUAAAGCUUGCCGACAUAUGAGCUUGUAUCCGACUCUGGGAGGGAGUUGUUGCAAACCAAUAACAGUCAAUUUAUCUGUA